AGAUGGGAAACGGCUUCUCUCUGAUUGCUCUGCCCCAAUGGUACAGAGAAUGGGGAUCGAUGUACGGAAAGAACGGCUUCCUGCAGGCGUCAAGAUCGGCACAAUGGGACACCACUGAUCUCAAAGAUCUGUCAGGCAGAGUCCACAUCAUCACGGGAGGGAACGCUGGUAUCGGCUUCGAAGUAGCCAAGGAGCUGGCUAGGAGGAACGCAAUCGUGCACAUGCUCUGCAGGAACAAGGAGAGGGGCGAGGCGGCAAGAGAGCAGAUCGCCAAGGAGACGGGCAACAGCCAGGUUUUCCUGCACACCGUCGAUGUGUCAAGCGCCCAGUCCUGUCGCAGCUUUGCGGAGAAAUUUCUGGAGUCCAACGAGAAGCUUCACGUCCUCGUCAACAACGCUGGGAUCCUGCCGACCGAGAGAGAGACGACGGUCGAUGGGCUCGAGAGCUGCAUGGCGACGGCGCUGGGCGGGAGCUUCCUCCUUACCGGCCUCCUCUUGCCAGCUCUCAAGAACGCGAAGCCGUCGGUGGUCGUCAACGUGACUUCAGCUGGGAUGUACCUGGCGAAGACCGACGUGGAUGAUCUCGAGAUGAAGAAGAGGAAGUUCGACGGGUUCCUGCAGUACUGCAGAGCCAAGAGGGCGCAGGUUGAGCUCAGCGAGAUCUGGUCAGAGAAGCUGGGAGGCAGCGGGAUUUCCUUCCACUCCAUGCAUCCGGGAUAUGCUGUCACUCCGGGUGUAGAGAAACUCCCAGGGCUCGGAGACAGAAAGCCUGGAGGUUUCAUAGAGCAGCAUGGUCCCUCGCUCCGAUCCGCUGCUCAGGGAGCGGACACGAUUGUAUGGAUGGCCAGCGCUCCCGUCGUCUCCUCCUCCACCGGCAAGCUCUGGUUUGACAGGAGGGCCGUGCACACCAGUUUCCCCCUGUCCUUCACAACUCUGAACCAGUCAGAACGUGAAAUAUUAUGGAGGAGGUGCGGGGAGCUCAUGGGAUGGAAGUUGGAGUAGAAACUGAGCUCUUGCGUCGACUUACGAGGCCUCGACCUUCCCCGGGGAUCAAAGAUGUCCGGGAGGCAGCAAGCAUCUCAUGUUUCUUGUAUUUACAUUCAGUGGGUAGCAGCGGUCUCAUAAGUUUGCAAAGCUUGCCAAGGGUUCGGAAGUUGACCUCUCUGUUGAGCCGAGGCGCUGCCUGUGUAACAACAGCACCAGCGUGAGCAACCAAAAAGCAGUAACGACGCUGAUGCUGUUGAGGAAGAUGAUGAUGACGAGGAGGAGAAGGAGAAACAGGAUGACAAGGAGCAGUCCAUGGGUGAGUGAGUGCAGAGGAGGAUGCGACAGGAAGCAUAAAAGUAAAUGAGGAGGC